AUGGCCAAGAGGAGAACAAAGAGAAGAACCCAUCAGAAAGCUACUGAAGAAGAGGUUGCCAAAAUACCCAAGUCAAUGGUGAUCCAUCUAGGUUCAUCCUUGAAAAAUCAUUCGUUAUCUCAAUUAGUAUCUGACUUUAGAAAUGUCAUGCAACCACAUACUGCCAUCAACUUGCGAGAACGCAAGUCCAAUAAAUUAAAAGACUUUAUAGUUAUGUGCGGACCGUUACAUGUUUCUGACUUGUUCAUUUUCAACCAAACAUCUUCGGGCAACAUCACUUUGCGUAUGGGUAAAUUGCCAAGAGGUCCCACAUUGCAAUUUAUGGUCAAUACGUAUUCCUUAUGCAAAGACGUGAGAAAGAUCUUGAAACACCCCAAAUCUGUUGGUAAAGAUAGUUCUGAGUUCCACCAGCCACCGUUGUUGGUGUUGAAUGGAUUUUCCAACAAUGUCAAAGAGAUGCCCAUGCAUGAAAAAUUAAUGGUUACCAUGUUUCAAAACAUGUUUCCACCAAUCCAACCACAAAACACCAAAGUCAAUGCCAUCAAGAGAGUUUUGCUAAUUUCCAAGGACAAAGCCACGGGUGAGAUUGAGCUUAGACACUACUCGAUAAAUACCAAGCUUGUUGACGAGAGCAAGAGUGUCAAGAAACUUAUUCAAUCUCAUCACAACUUGAAGAAAAAGUUGCCCAAGAUGACCAAUGCCCAAGACGUGUCAGACUUGAUCUUGGAUCCUUAUGCAGUUGGUGGAUUGACUUCUGACAGUGAAGUGGAAGAUGAUGCAGUCGUUGAAGUGCAGCACGAAGAAUUUCUUAAAAGACAAUCACAGCAGAAUCAGGACCAACCUCAACAACAAGAAUCAAUUACCACCGCCAAGAAAAGAGCUAUUAAAUUGAUUGAAUUGGGACCAAGGAUAAAUAUGUCGUUACUCAAGAUUGAAGAAGGUCUCGUUGGAGCAUCAAAAACACUUUACCAUUCUUCUGUAUCCAAAUCAGCAAAAGACGCCGAUGAACUUGAUGCAAAGCAUAAGUUGAAGGAAAAGUUGAAGCAAGAAAGAAGAGCAAAACAACAAGCCGCUGUGCAAGCCAAGCUUGAGAUAAAACAAGCAAAGAAGCUUAGAAAAAAGGCACGUUUUGCUGAUGAGGAUGGUGGAGAGGACAAGAGUGGUGAUGAUGACGAGGAGGAUGAUGACGAGGAUGCUGAUGAAGAUGAAAACAUGCCUGAAAUUAACGCUGAAGACUAUGAGAACGACAGUGAUUUGUACAGUGACGUAGAGGUAUAG